AUGAGUGAAGAUAAUCUUAGUAAGCGUGUUUCCUUGCUGGAGAGAGUUGUUGAGAAGCUCAUUGAGAAGAAUAAUGAAAUUGCAACACUUAAGGAUGAAAUUAAGGAAUUAAAAAACCGUUUACUUCCAUAUGAAAUGAAUACUAUGACGGAAACUCAAAAGAGAGCUGAGCAAAUAGAAAACGACAAAUACAAACAAGCAAUAAAACAGAAAACAUCAAAAGAAACUAAAACUUCAUCGAAAUCAUCUCAAAAUACUGCAACUCCUGUUCCUGAGAAGCCAAGCGAGCAGGAAAUAGCUGUCAUUGAAACUAGGAGUAUUAAAGAGCACGUUGAAAAGCCAGUAGAAUCAGUAAAAGCCGAACCCGUCAAACCAGCCCCAAUUAAAGAAGAAGCGCCGGUUAAAAAGUCUACAACAACUCACAAAGAGCAAAAGCCUGUUCCUAAGGUGAUUUCGGAUUCAGAUGAUGACGUUGAUUUAAUAGAAGAAAGAAAACCAAGUCCACGACUAACACCACCUCCUCCGCCACCACCACCAGCACAAACAAAUCAACAGAAAGUUAAACAAAUGACAGUACUGUCCGAUUCUGAUGAUGAUAUACAAUUUUAA